UCUCUGACUUUUGGACAGCGGCAGUCACAAUGAUCAGGAAUGACGUUUUCUCCUGCUUUGUUUUCUACGCGGUGCUGCUGGUGUUGAAGAUGUACGCCAUGGCCGUCAUCACGGGACAAGUGCGGCUGCGGAAGAAGGCUUUCGCUAACCCGGAGGACGCACUGAGACACGGAGGACUGCAGUUUCACAGGCUGGAUCCCGACGUGGAAAGGUGCCGCAGAGCUCAUCGCAACGACAUGGAGAACAUCCUUCCCUUCCUCUUCCUGGGCGCCGUCUACUCCAUGACGGGCCCCUCGCUGGCCGUGGCGCGCCUCCACUUCCUGGCCUUCUUGGGGGGCCGGGCGCUGCACAGCGUGGCCUACCUGGGGGCCCUGCCGGCGCCCACCCGCUCGCUGGCCUACGUGGCGGCGCAGGUGCCGUGUGUAUCCAUGGCGCUGCAGAUCCUUGCGGCGGUGGCGCCCUACGCCUAGGACCCGAGCAGUCACCUUUGCCCCCCCCCCCCACACACACACUGAAGAGGAGUACAAUAUGUUUACCAGACAUGAAGUUUUGCGUGGAGAGGACGCAAGCGAAAUGAAGGAAGACCCUGCUGACACGGACAGAGAAGGUUCGCUCAUUUCACAGUAAUUUAUUCUUUCAUUUUUAUUUGGGACUCCACAAUAAAAAGCUGACUUUUUAAGUUGUGUGGUGUCAUGAUGUGCUGCCCGCCAGGGGCCCCUCUUAAAGCAUUCCUGCAGCUCUUAUGUAAGCGUCUGUUCUCUGUCAUAACCCGAGGGGGCCCAGGCAGCGGCAAGGAGGGGCGCUCACAUCACCGCACUGCUAUGUUGCCUUUAAUCACCUCGGGCCUCAGGCUAAUGUUAUUUCACUAGCAUCCGCUGAUCUUCCCCGCCGGGGACCGUGACUCAAGACCGCGGCAUUUUGGGGGUUUGAAGGAGUUUUCCCCGGCGGACAAAAGAAAGGGAAAACGCGUGGGAGGAUUCGGGGAAAGACGUGGACUCAUGUCGUCACGAAGCUCCGGUUCAACAUUCAGGAGCUUAACGAGGGCAAAGGGGCGGAGUCACAGCUUUGGCACGGGCGCACACGCACGUGUAUUGUUUUGGAAUGAAGCAGUGCGGCCCGUAGCUCAUUGUUAAUAUGCUAAUAUU